UUAGUCAUGCCAAAACGAAAAUUGCUUUCACAGAUGUCAAAAAGACAUUACCGACGAUUGAAAUGCAAUGCGCGUAAUAUUGCAACUACAGCAACUAUAAGCAAAGAUUUCAGUAUUAGAGAUGGCUCUUAAUACACAUACAUUUUAUCUGGUAGAAUUUCUUGAUGGGUUACAAAUUGUACCGUAUAAUUGGAUACAAAAUGAUAAAAAUGAAUGUUGGUAUCCAAAUUAUAAAACAGACAAGGAAAUAAAUAAAGCAAUUAAAAAACGACAAACACAUCAAGAUGAUUAGUUAUCAUGUCCAAUUAAACGAGUUUUUGGUGUAUAUGAGUCCUACAGUGAAACACGGAGUAAACUUAAAAAGGCUGAAAUAAUUUCUGAUAUUAAUACAGAUACUGACGAAAAAACACAAAGAAAAAUCAAAGCUAAUAGAACAAUUAAUAACGAUGAUGAUAAUGAAAGCGGUGGCGAUGAUAGUGAUUAUGAAACUUACCACCAUAUCUAAAACCACCUAUAAAUACAAAUAAAAAAAAUGUACAGAAAGAAAAGGUCUCAAAUAAUCAAGACAUAAAUAACCAAUCCUCAAAAGCUUCAUCUUCUCAUAAAUUAGUACAUUCUUCUAUUGAACAAAGAAGAUGCCAUGAUGUCGAUUUAUCUGAUCAAGAAGUGACAGAUAAUACUUCGAAGAAUUGUUCUGUUUCUGCAAAAAGUUCUUUAAAUAGUAUAGGCAGAGGUACGGAGCCAAAAGAUAAAUAUAAUGCAAUAAAAUAUUCACUUUAACGUAUUGUAAGAUCAUUGGCAGACAUAAAAUUUGACCUUCAACAUCUAACUGAGCAAUUUGAAAUUACAAGAAAUAACUUAAACUCAAAUGUUAAUCAGUCACGAGAACGUUGCCCUAUGCCAAAUAACACAUUGAGUAAAAUGUCCUUUCCUCUAAAAACUGUUGAAGAAAUCGAGUUGUUACAAUUUAUUCUUACAUCAAACGAAGAAGGAAUAAAAGAGAGUAUGUUUAACAUGUUGGCAGCUAUUGGUGGAAGUAGCUAUGAAGAAAUGUCGAAAAGAAUGUUUAUUUAUGUUUUUACAAAUGAAGCAGCCAGUGCAUACAGUUGGGUGGGAGGAAAAGAAAAACGGAAACUUCAUCACUUUGAAUUAAUGAAAAUAAUGUUAAAUGUUGUCAAAAAGACAUUUCCUAAUGUAACAAAGAAAGAAUUCAAAAUAAAAUGUAAAGAUUGGUUCAGACACGCAAAACACCGAGCUGAAAAUGAAAAGUUGCGACAAACUAAUUUAGCAAAGCAAAAUCAACUAAAUAUCGAAGAAACCAACUAAGUCAAUCUGAUAUCUUAGCUAACAGAUAAUCAAACAUCUUUUAUUCAUCUUAUUCGUCUUAUUUGUUUUUAUUUGUCUUAUUUUAUUAUAUAUUGGUUUAUAUAAAAUUAUAAAAGUUUACGGUUCUUGGCAAAGGUGCUAUUAAGAUUAGAUUCUGCGAAUAGAUUUGUAUGUGCAUGCAUAAUUGUGCAUU